AUGAAGCGUGCUACAUCCCUCCUCGCUGUUGGCUUGUCCAUUUCAGGCGGCUUAGCUCAAGUCGACGUUCCAUCAAACUUUUUGCCAGGGGUGAAAUGGCAAAUCAUCAUUCAAAACACCCUCGACGUCAACGCCACUCUCCAACCCACCGAUGCGGUCGUAUGGGAUCUUGACCUCUACCAUGUCGCCCGCACCCCGGAAAUUGUGACCCACCUUCGGAACAACGACCCCGAUGCCAUCCUGAUCUGCUACUUCAACGCCGGCCUUGCCCAGGAGAGUGAUUGCGACUAUGACACCAAGUGGAAGAACAGCGGGCUCCUGGGCAACAUCUACUCCCCAGAUGAGCCUGAGUUCAGCGACGAACGCUGGGUCAACAUCAAGAGCCAGACCGCACGGGAUUGGAUGAAGGACCGUAUUACGCUGGCCCGCGACUAUGGCUGCGACGGCGUGGAUCCGGACAACAUCGACGGCUACCUGAACGAUCUAGACAACAACAACGGCACCGGCUGGGACCUGUCGGAGGGCGACUACGUCUCUUUCGUCACCGAGCUUGCCACGCAUGCCCACAGUCUGACGACCGAUCGAGGUCACACGCUACUAAUCGGGCAGAAGAACGCGCCCGAGCUUGUCGAACAAAUCAGCGGCGAUCUCGACUUUGCCGUGCUCGAGGACUGCAAGACGCUCAACGACGACGAGGACUAUGUGUUCUGCGGGGACUUCCAGACCUACAUCGCCGAGGGCAAGCCGGUCUUCAGCAUCGAGUACCCGUCCACCCUCGGCAACACAGAAACGGGCGCCUGCAAUGCCGACGGCGCCAGUGACGAGCAGUACGCCGCCUCGUGCGCGACUGGCCAGGGGAACUCGGGCUUUAGCACGGUGCUGAAGAUCCAAGGCGGCGAGGGCGAGCUGAACGGCUGUACCCAGUACUGCAGCGGCGGCGAGCCCGGGACGGGCGUGGUGGUCACGCCAACGGACCCCGAGUCUGACGGCAACAGGUGCCCAUCGAACUCUACCAGUUGA